AUGGCCGAGAGUGCUCCCGCCCCGGCGGCCACGCCCACCACCAACGCGCCCGCCGCACCAGCCAAUGGUACAACCGCAGGAGCCCCGAAUGCGGCCGCCGACUCGAAUGCAAACAGUCGCGGACUGCCAUACUAUGAGAGGCUGCGACGGGAUCUACGGGACACAAUCAGCAAGAAGCGGCUGAUGGACAAGAGCAUGGCCCAGCUCGAGGAUCAGAUCUACCGGUUCGAGCAAUCAUAUCUUGAAGAAACAACCGCAGGAAACAUCAUCAAAGGAUUCGACAACUACAUCAAAGGAUCCUCCAGUGGCUCAAGUCUCGGCGCAUCAGGUCUCAGUCUGGGAUCUGGUGUCGGUGGACGGCGCAAGGCACAGGUCACAGAUGCGGACCGGGUCUUCUCGCGGAGUUCCGCUAGCUACAUGAUGGUGAGUGAGAGAAACGCCCCAGCCCAACCAUCUUCCAGAAGAUAUCCCAGAAGGAAGAGACUGACAUUGGGAUCCAAUAAGGAUUCACCUGGCCCGUCAUCUGCGCAGACGACUCCCUCCCACGCCGCAACACCUACUUCCACACCCGGCGGCAACGCGCCUUCGAACAAGAGCAACGGAGACUCUGCCUCUGCUGCCGCUAAGACCAACAGCGGCUCGUCCAAGAACAAGAAAAAGUCUUCCGGUGGAUCGAAGAAUACCAAGGGCAAAAAUCAGACGGAGGAGCUUUCGGAUGAGGAUAAACCCACUAAGAGGUUGAAGGUCAGCUAUGGGAGAGACUAG